GGGCCCUAAAAAUAACUGCUGAGCAGAGUUUGCAGUCAGGUCCUAUUUCAGAUCUAGAGACCUUGCGGAGAGAGCCACAGCCAAUCUAACGCUCUAGUAGGGAAGGGCAUGUGGCAUGCCCGAUACCUGCUGAGAGGGCUUUGACUUUUUUUCUUCAACAUAUAUUAUUCAUGGAGUGAAGAAAUCAAAAUGAUUGAAGACACAAAACAUGGAGGACACAAGAAUGGGAGGAAAGGAGGCCUUUCUGGAAGCUCAUUCUUCACAUGGUUUAUGGUCAUUGCAUUGCUGGGAGUCUGGACAUCGGUAGCUGUUGUUUGGUUUGAUCUUGUUGAUUAUGAGGAAGUUUUAGCCAAAGCAAAGGACUUCCGUUAUAACUUAUCAGAGGUACUUCAAGGAAAACUUGGCGUUUAUGAUGCUGAUGGUGAUGGAGAUUUUGAUGUGGAUGAUGCCAAAGUAUUAUUAGGCCUUAAAGAAAGAGCUGCUUCAAAGCCAAAAGUCCCACCAGAAGAGGCUGAGCCAUGGUUGGAGGAGCCUGUUCUGGAGAAUAGAGAACCUCAGAAUAUUGAAGAUGAAGUACAAGAACAAAUUGAGUCCCUUCUCCAUGAAACAGUACACACAGAACAUGGAGGCCUGCAGCAAGAAGAGGAUGGGCCAGCAGCAGAUCUGCAACCAGAUGACCAGUUCCUUGUAGGAAGUAAUAUAGAGGAUAGAUUUGAGACCUUGGAAGCUAGAAGAUUUCAUGAAGAAGCUGAAGAUAGUAAUCAUGCAGAAGACACAGCUGCACAGGACUAUAAUCAGGAUAUGGAAGAGAUGAUAUAUGAACAGGAAAAUCCAGAUUCCAGUGAACCAGCAGUAGAUGAUGAGAGAAUGUACCACCACGCAGAUGAUGUAACAUACCAAGAUUAUGAUGAACAAGUAUAUGAGCCAGAAAAUGAAGGAAGAGAAAAUUCAAAUAAUGCUGUAGAAGAUUCAAACAUAAUUUUAGAAGAUGUACCUGUGUCCCAUGCAGAAGAACAGGAAGUACCUCCAGAAACAAAUAGAAAAACAGAUGAUGGAGAACAAAAAGUAAAAGUUAAGAAAAAGAAGCCCAAGUUACUAAAUAAAUUUGAUAAGACUAUUAAAGCUGAGCUUGAUGCUGCAGAAAAACUCCGUAAAAGGGGAAAAAUUGAGGAAGCAGUGAAUGCAUUUGAAGAACUAGUACACAAAUACCCACAGAGUCCACGGGCGAGAUACGGGAAGGCUCAGUGUGAAGAUGACUUGGCUGAGAAGAGGAGGAGCAAUGAGGUCCUGCGCAAGGCCAUCGAGACCUACCAAGAGGUGGCCGGCCUGCCCGAUGUCCCCGCCGACCUGAUGAAGCUAAGUUUGAAGCGGCGGUCAGAAAGACAGCAAUUUCUAGGUCAUAUGAGAGGAUCCCUGCUUACCCUACAGAGAUUAGUUCAACUAUUUCCUGAUGAUACAUCCUUAAAGAAUGACCUCGGAGUGGGGUACCUCUUGCUUGGAGAUAAUGACAGUGCUAAGAAGGUUUAUGAAGAGGUUCUAAAUGUGACACCUAAUGAUGGCUUUGCUAAAGUGCAUUACGGCUUUAUCCUGAAGGCACAGAACAAGAUUGCCGAGAGCAUUCCCUAUUUAAAGGAAGGAAUAGAAUCUGGAGAUCCUGGCACUGAUGAUGGGAGAUUUUAUUUCCACCUGGGGGAUGCCAUGCAAAGAGUUGGGAACAAAGAGGCAUAUAAGUGGUAUGAGCUUGGACACAAGAGGGGACAUUUUGCAUCUGUUUGGCAGCGCUCACUCUACAAUGUGCAGGGACUGAAAGCCCAGCCAUGGUGGACCCCAAAGGAAACAGGCUACACAGAAUUAGUGAAGUCCUUAGAAAGAAAUUGGAAGUUAAUCCGCGAUGAAGGUCUUGCAGUCAUGGAUAAAGCCCAAGGCCUCUUCCUGCCUGAAGAUGAGAACCUGAGAGAGAAGGGCGAUUGGAGCCAGUUUACUCUAUGGCAGCAAGGAAGAAAAAAUGAAAAUGCCUGCAAACGAGCACCUAAAACCUGUUCUUUACUAGAUAAAUUCCCUGAGACAACAGGAUGCAGAAGAGGACAGAUCAAAUAUUCUGUCAUGCAUCCAGGAACUCACGUGUGGCCUCACACGGGGCCCACAAACUGCAGGCUCCGAAUGCACCUGGGCUUAGUGAUUCCCAAGGAAGGCUGCAAGAUCCGCUGUGCCAACGAGACCAAGACCUGGGAAGAAGGCAAGGUACUCAUCUUUGACGACUCCUUUGAGCAUGAGGUGUGGCAGGAGGCCACAUCCUUCCGGCUGAUAUUCAUCGUGGAUGUGUGGCACCCAGAACUGACUCCCCAGCAGAGACACAGCCUUCCUGCAAUUUAGCAAGUUAUGCUGGCUCAGGACACACUGGAGAGAGAUGGUCUUUCUGAUUCUGCCACCUUGCAAGUGGAGAUACAAGUUUGAACUCCAAGACCCUUAAUUUCCUUGACUUGUAACCCCCAAAAUUCUAAACUUCCUACUAGGAUGAGAAGACACUAAAGGGAAUAUUUGCCUCACUGCAAUGCAUUUAGAAAAUAUCUGCUGUCUUUUUGCCCAUGACAGCACCUAUUUGAUGCCUGUAUUUCAGGGGAAUAUGUCAUAGCUUCUACUUUGCUAGCCAAAGAUAUUUUUCCCACGUAGCAUAGGACUAAAUCAAUGUAAAAUGAGAAAACAUUUAGAAAAUGUGAAUGUAUUGCUUUAGUUUGUAAUUUUUCUAUGCAAUUAUAUUUUUCUAGAGUAGCUAGAUGAUUUUUUCAUCAUUUACCACUACUUUUUUUGUUGAUUUUAAUGACAAGCCCUGUAAAUGCUUUACUUGUACCUGAUUAAUGGUAACUUUCCUGGUGAGCUCAGACUUCCAUCUUUUAAUUAUUUUUAGCAAAAGACUCAUAUGAAGAAAGCAGUUUUACUUUCCUAAUAAAAGAAGUUCCUAAUUCUUUUAUUAAGAGAAAUGACUUCUCCUCGUACAAAGGACAAAGUCAUAAUUAUGGCAAGACCUGUGAGCUCUACUGCACCAUACUAAUUGAGUCUGUUUGCUUUUUUAUCUGCACUGACAGCCAAAUCUUAAUUUCCCUCCUUGCUAUGCAAAUGGUAGAGAUAGUGUCAAAAUCAUAGUUUUUUCCCAGAGGAAAUUUUUUCACAAUGCAAAGGUAAUGGAAUCAUUUUAUAUUGAGUUAUAAAAAUGCCACAUGUAAAAUUUUUUAAGCCAAAUAUUGAAAUUUUGGUGGAGGGGGUAGAAUUUCUCAAAGUAAAAUUUUUCUUUGAGCAUUGAGUGGAUAGGUAGCUGGUAGGACAUAUGGCGUGUGCCUCUUGGCUCUCCGGAAUCCAGAAUGGCUUUGCCUUUAUUGUAGACCCAUGUGAGUGAUGUUCAGUUCUUGAGAUGAUUCCCAUUACAAUUUUAUCAAAAUAGGAAAGAUGGCCCAGUGAAAGAGAAAGAAUGCCAGAAUGUAGAAACAAUAAUUGAAAGACGGCCUGUCUACUCAUUCCAAAGGUGAUGAAGUCUUUGAUUUAGUAGAGUAUUAAUGUACUAAAUUUUGUACUGUCUAAAUCAAUUAAUGAGAAAUGUUAGCUGUGAGAAUGUUACGGUAUUUAUGCACUGAAUUUUAAGCCAGUAUGAACAAAAAUGCUUAAGAAAUGACACAUAUAUUACCAAAUUUCAUUCUCAGGUGCUUGCACUUAUUUUUUUCUAAGGACAAAGGAGAAUGCUUUAUCUCAUUUAAAAUACAGUUUUUUAAAGUUGAAAUGGACUCUUUUUGCUUGUCCUUGAGGACAUUAGCGUCUAGCUUUCCAGUUUGCAGAAUAUCCUAGUCCUAUAUGUUUUUACCAGUAUUCAAAAAUCCCAUUAAAUCGAUGGAGAAUUAUGCAAGGAAACAUCGAAAUGAAUCACCAAAUCCAGAAGAGAAAGUAAACUUAUAAAAAAAAAAAGAUAUUUGUGUCCUUCAGUAUUUAUUGAACAAAGGAAAUGACUGACAAAGGACAAUACAAUCCAAUGCUCAUGUAGUAACAUUCAUGUCACUUAUUGAAUUUGGUUUAUGUAUGUAUAUUGCAUACACAUAAAGAAAUUCAAAGCAUGAGUUUGUCAUUGUUAAACCAUCAUCAUACAUUCAUUUAAUGAAAUCAUAGAGUAAAAACUAGCUCUUAACUUAGUAAUUGUAAUAUGGCAUUUAAAAUUGGGUCACUACAGUAAGAUUCUAAAUAUUGCCAAUUGAAAAGCCAGAAUCAUUAUUAUUGUUGCAAAGUGUUGGAAUUGAUCGACUCCAAAAACAUUUUAAAUACUUAGAUCCCACAACUAUUUUAUAAACCCAAGUAAUAAAAUGGAUUUUCUAAUACAUUUUAAUUCUUCAUCUUUCUUCCCCACGUCAUGGUAUAUCAGAAAAGUGUUUCAGUCACUACAUUGGUAGAAUUAUUUCAGUGUUAUUAUUUUAUUAAUUGAAAGUUUAUGCAAAAUGAAUUUGCUUUAUUUAUAUUGUGAUGUAAUUGGUGAGAAAUAAUUUUGAUUCUAUUUCAGUUUUAUUUUAAGGGUGGAAUACAAAAAAUUACUUGUUAUUCUCUACAAGUAGAAAAAAAUAAAACACUAGAUUCAUUCAUAAAGAGAUGUAGUAAAUGUUAUGAUUAGUAAUAAUAUUUAUUGAGGGUGAUUAUGGACAGUUGAAUCACCUCUUUCAUAACUUUAGCUAACAAAUUAUCCCUCCCAAAUACUUAAACUGUAAGAUCAUAUUUUACUGUCCAUUAUCAACUAAAAUAUUUUUUGACACUGAGCACCAACUGGUCAUACUAACAAAUGCCCAUGUCAUGCAGAUGAUUGGGAAUAUAAGGGAUAUCUAAAAUAAUCUAAAAAUCAAAACUGGUUUUGGGAAACAUGGCACAGGUAGGCAUAUCAUAUCCUAUGAUAUCUGUUUAUUUUUAUUUAAUUUCCUUUGAAUGUCUAGUUGGGACUCCAUUUCUAAGGAGAAUAGACAACAAAAUAAAAUGAUCUUUGGCAUUUCAUCCUGUAUUACUAGUCUUCUAUUAUCUUCAGCACUUGCAUAUUUAGCUAUCCUUAAGGGUCUUCCUCCAUGAUCGAAUAUCUUCCUCUCAACAAAAGCCCGGCCCUUUUUUUCACAUCUUUAAGUGUCACAAGCAGGUGGGUGGGUAAUGCUGCUUUAGCACUAUUCUUUGUAGUAGUGACCCAUAUGAGGCAACUUGAAUGGAUUCAUUAAUCACUGGCAAGUAAUUUUAAUGACACCCCCAGCACUUAUGCAGACACACGCAGCAUGUGGGAAGUCACAUUAAGAUUAUUUCAUCAUAUUGCAAAUCGUAUGUGUCUCUUCAAGUCAGCUCAUGAUAGUCAGCUGGAGGCCUGACAAAAGAUGUGACAACAAAAAUCAUUUUUGCAGGAUGUUAAAAUAAACAAACUGCAAAUAGCCAGAACUAUGAGAAUAUGCUCUUAGGCUGAACAAUUUGAUGCUGGUGAUGAGGUCAAAGAAAAUAACUGAAUGAGAAUAAAAAUUACUGGAGAUAUAUUAAUCUCGGGGCUUUGCACUACAUUAAACUUGACAAUCUUGUUUGCACGGUUUAAUUCUGAAACAUCUACUUGAAAAUGCACUUAAUCUUAAACUGCAAAAACUGAAGAGGAUCUCUGUGUGAUUCCUCAGAAAAAUCCUUGUCCUGAUACAUUGUAUGCAUCAAAUUUUCUUUUUCUUAAAUUCAUUUAAUACCAUAAAUAUGAAGGGGGGGGGUCUUGUAUACAUAAAUGACCUUGCUUCAUCCUCUAAUCCUCUUUAGAAAAAAAAAAAGUGUCUCUCAAGUCUUUAUUCAACUUUGGCUGCUCAGACCAAUGGGCUGGUGACAGUCAUCACUAGGUGGCAGGAGUGAAGGGCCUUGUGUCAAGCCGAACGCAUGUCUGUGUGGGUCAGUUGCGCAUGUGCUUCCUGGUGGCUGAUACCACUGAAGGCUGGCGAUAUGCAGAAGUAUUGGAGUGAGUCAGGGUUCAGUCCAGAGCCAGGAGGGGCUGAGUGUUCUCAUUCUCUCCUUUCUCCUCAUGUUUCAGGGUCCCGGCUUCUACCACAGACUGAGAUCUAGAUAAUAGGGGAAGGAAAAAGAUAUAAUCACAAUUCAUGGUGGCAACAACUUUGUAACCUUGGAAGGCAUUUGGAUUUUAUGUUCCCCGUAUUAGUCAAGAUGCAAAAUAACUAUAGAAUUUGCACACCCUACCCCCCCACCAGAUAUCUGUGUAUCUGUGUCUUCCUUGACUUUGUGUCUUCUAUAUCACCUUUUUAUGGGGAGAGGCAUCCUGCAAUCUUCUUUGCAGAAAUCUCUUCUAUUGGUAAAAGAAACACAUAAGUUCUAGCCAUAACUCUGCCCUAGUAUCCAAACACUAUAAAUCUUGAUCCAUAUAAAGCCAAAAUAAAUGUUGCAUUUUUAAUGUUUCAAAUUCUUUUUGAACCUUUAUAGGAAACUAUCACAAAUGAUUGUUAAGACCUAAAGAUUUGGAAUUAGAUGGUAAAUGUAGAUUCUAACCCUUACUCACCAAAGAGCCUUGGGGAGUUUUUAAAAUCUCUGGACCUUUAUUCUCUCACCUGCAAAAUAGAACUAUCACCUACCUCAACAGUUGUUAAGAACUAAAACUAAUAAUUAUGUACAUUAAUCAUUUGUCAUAUAAAUGUUGUUAAAAUGUAUAGAGCCCUCUAGCACCACCAUUAUUUGCAACAAUAGUUGCAGAAUAGUUCUUUAACUUCUGUGUCCUUUCAUAUUGGGGUGAUACACUUUUUUUUUCUGGAUUUAUAACAUAGAUUAAAACUGAAAUUAUUUUCCAGCUUAAAGAGAAAAUGUUAUAAGUGCUAUAUAUAUGCAGUAGAGAUUC